AUGAUUGGUGUUGAACUUAUGGUGAUCCCUUUGGAUGGAGAUACAAUUUAAAACUAAAGCUAGAACAAGUCUAAGAGUCUGUCUAAUUUUGAUUUGGCCCUAAGAGAGGCUAAUAUUGUUUGUCUAUGCAUUUGUUGCUAUUAUACCUUCAAACUUAUCUUCACUUUGGUAUAUCACAAAGAAAUUCAAGACAAAUCACAAGAACAUUUUAUAAUCAUUAAUUUUUUAUAUGACGUUAUUGCAUUUAUAUUGUAUGCAAUAUUACAGUAUGUUAUAUUAAAUUUAUGUAGUGCUCUCACCGACAAUUUGAAAUACUCUGAAAUUAGCGAGUAUGACUAAUAGAUGAAUUUAUUGGAAUUGAAUCAUUGCCUCACUUUCUUUACUAUUUAGGAACUAGUCUCUCUAUUCAAACCACUCAAUGGAUGCAUGAUAAUUUACACUCUCUAACAAAAGUCCUUUUCAAAAUAUAUAGUCGUUCUAAAAUUACUUCAUUAUUUUACCACCUACUAAGCUCUCAACAAUUAUCAUCUCUUAUUCGUUAGAACUAAUCCCCUUAUACAACUUCAAAUAAUAUUACUAAUCUUGAGUUGGACAAUUUAAAUUAUAAUAAUUGUUGUGCUUUUAUUUGUUUAUUUUAUCUAUUCAAUCAAAAAAAAAGAAUUCCAUUUUCAUUACAAAGGGAAAAUCAUAGGAAAAAUCUUAUUUAUGAUUAAAGAAAUGUCCUACAAAGAAAAAUUUAAAAACACUCAAGAUAAUUUAGCAAUUUGGUAUUUAUCGAUACAUAAUCAGCCCUAUUUGUUAUCAAGAGAUUAAUGAAAACGAUACCAUAAUCUAAUUGCCCUGUCAUUUGAACCAUUUUUUCCAUUCCAAAUGCUGCAUGCAAUGGUUAUUGAAAGAUCUUCGAUGCCCCCUCUGUAGACAUGAGUUAGAUUCCAAUAUUUCGAAUAAUCUAUACUCAAAUAUCUUAUGA